GACCGCAUGCCACACCCCGAGGCUUUGUCCCAGCUGAUCGUGUCGUCCGGGGAGCUGAACUGCAGCUGAAGUUGGGGAGGGGCCCCUCUUGACCACCCCCUCCCCAGCUCGGGAGCCGGUCCCUUCAACCCUCAACAUGGCGGACCCCAUCAUGGACCUCUUUGACGAUCCCAAUCUUUUUGGCCUGGACUCGCUGACCGACGAGAGCUUCAGCCAGGGGGCCCCUGACCCCAUCGAAGAGGCCCUGGGACUGCCGGGCGGUGCUUUGGACUCCUUGGCAGGUGGGCCCAAAGAACAGCAGGCCCCCUCCCAGGCGGAGGCCCCCCAGCCGCAGACCCUGGCCCUCCCGGACGCGCAAUCCGAGGCUGCCCCCGAGUUGCCCCAGCAGGACCAACCGGGGCUCUUGCAGGCCCCUCAGGACCAGGAGGUUCUCAGCCAAGGCAACCCAUUCAUGGGAGUCUCUGCCGCCACCGCCACCACACCGGCCGUAGUACCCUCUUCCUCCACCGGGGCCCAGCAAGCAGCGGCACCCCCUCCAACCCCGAAGAUUGUCAUCUUGAAGGCGCCGGCGGGUGGCUCGGUGACAGGCGCCCACGUCGCCCAGAUUCAAGCCCAGCCCAUCGGGGCGGCCAACGGGGGCAAAGUGACCUUCGCCAAGGUGUUGACGGGUACCCCGUUGCGGCCGGGGGUCUCCAUCGUCUCGGGCAAUGCGGUGCUGGCCACCAAAGUCUCCCCCGGAGCCGGGGCCCCGGCCACGCUGCAUCGUCUCGUCCAGCCCGGUCGGCCCGUCAAGCAGCUGGUGUUGCAACCUGUCAAGAGCCAAGCAGGAGGGGCCGCGGGGGCCACGCCGCUGAAACCGGCCGUGACGCUGACGUCGACCCCUGCGCAGGGGGAGUCCAAGCGCAUCACUCUGGUUCUCCAGCAGCCCCCGACGGGGGGAGGCCCACCGGGCCAGCGCCACGUCGUCCUGGGCAGCCUGCCAGGCAAGAUCGUGCUCCAGGGGAACCAGCUGGCGGCUCUGAGCCAGGCCAAGGGGACCCCGGGGCAGCCGGCCAAGGUGGUCACCAUCCAGCUCCAGGUCCAGCAGCCCGGACAGCAGCAGCAACCCAUGCCAGGGGGCCAGCCCGGCACCCAGAAAAUCCAGCUCCUGCAGCAGCCUCCGGCCAACGCCUCCGGCCCGCAGGCCCCGUUGAGCAUCUCUUCCGUGCAGCAAGCCCAGGUGGUGGGGGGCUCGGGGCAGAGAGUGACGGUGCCCCUGAAGGUUGUGUUGCAGCCACAGGCCAGCUCCUCGCAAGGCAGUUCCUCUGGCCUCUCGGUCGUCAAGGUGCUGAGUAGCAGUGAGGUGGCGGCCCUCCCGUCCUCCAGCGGGACGACACGGAGCAGCUCGGACGAAUCCCGCAAGCUGGAGCACCAGAAGAAGCAGGAGAAAGCCAACCGGAUCGUGGCCGAGGCCAUCGCCCGGGCCCGAGCGCGGGGCGAGCAGAACAUCCCCCGCGUGCUGAACGAAGACGAGCUGCCCAGCGUGCGCCCCGAGGAGACGGGCGAGCGCAAGCGGCGCCGGAAGGGUGGAGGCGAGCGCGUCCCCAAGGAGGAGCGGCCCCGAAAGGGCAGAGGCCAGGGGGGGUCCGGCAAGAGCAAAGGGCGGGGGAAGCCCAGCACCAUCACACCGGUGGUGGGGAAGAAGCGGAAACGAAACGCCUCUUCCGACAAUUCGGAUGCCGAGGUGAUGCCGGCUCAGUCCCCGCGUGAGGAGGAAGAAAGCAGUGUCCAGAAGCGGCGCUCCAACCGGCAAGUGAAACGGAAAAAGUACACAGAGGACCUGGACAUCAAGAUCACCGACGAUGAGGACGACGAGGAGCUGGACGUGACGGGGCCCAUCAAGACCGAGCAGCCCCCGGCCCCGGAACCUCCCGCCCCGGAGCCGAUACCGGAAGGGGAAACGAUGCCUUCCAUGCAGUUCUUUGUGGAAAACCCCAGUGAGGAAGACGCCGCUAUUGUAGACAAAGUGUUAUCCAUGCGGGUGGUGAAGAAGGAGCUCCCCAAUGGGCAGUUCACCGAGGCGGAAGAAUUCUUUGUGAAAUACAAGAACUAUUCCUACUUGCACUGUGAAUGGGCCACCAUCGCUCAGCUCGAGAAAGACAAGCGGAUCCACCAGAAGCUAAAGCGCUUUAAGACGAAAAUGGCACAGAUGAGGCACUUCUUCCACGAGGAUGAGGAGCCUUUCAACCCGGACUACGUGGAGGUGGACCGUAUCCUGGACGAGUCGCACAGCAUUGACAAGGAUAACGGAGAGCCGGUCAUCUACUACCUGGUGAAAUGGUGUUCGCUGCCCUACGAGGACAGCACGUGGGAGCUCAAGGAAGACGUGGACGAGGGGAAAGUCCGGGAGUUCAAACGCAUCCAGUCCAGGCACCCUGAGCUCAAGCGGGUGGCUCGCCCCCAGGCAGGUUCCUGGAAGAAGCUGGAGCUUUCCCAUGAGUACAAAAACGGCAACCAGCUGCGAGAAUAUCAGCUGGAGGGUGUGAACUGGCUGCUUUUCAACUGGUACAACAGGCAAAACUGCAUCCUGGCCGACGAGAUGGGUCUGGGCAAAACCAUCCAGUCCAUCGCCUUCCUCCAGGAGGUUUACAACGUGGGCAUCCGAGGGCCCUUCCUGGUCAUCGCCCCGCUCUCCACCAUCACCAACUGGGAGCGGGAGUUCAACACGUGGACCGAGAUGAACACCAUCGUCUACCACGGCAGCCUGGCCUCCCGCCAGAUGAUCCAGCAGUAUGAGAUGUACUGCAAAGACUCCCGGGGCCGCCUGAUCCCGGGCGCGUACAAGUUUGAUGCCCUGAUCACCACCUUCGAGAUGAUCCUCUCUGACUGCCCGGAGCUGCGGGAGAUAGAGUGGCGCUGCGUCAUCAUCGACGAAGCCCACCGCCUGAAGAACCGCAACUGUAAACUGCUGGACAGCCUCAAGCACAUGGACUUGGAGCACAAAGUGUUACUGACUGGCACCCCCCUGCAGAACACGGUGGAAGAGCUCUUCAGCCUCCUGCACUUCCUCGAGCCCUCCCAGUUCCCCUCAGAAUCGGAGUUCCUCAAGGACUUUGGUGACCUCAAAACUGAGGAGCAGGUCCAGAAGCUGCAGGCCAUCCUGAAGCCCAUGAUGCUUCGGCGGCUGAAGGAGGACGUGGAGAAGAACUUGGCUCCCAAGCAGGAGACAAUCAUCGAGGUGGAGCUGACGAACAUCCAGAAGAAGUACUACCGGGCCAUCUUGGAGAAGAACUUCAACUUCCUCUCCAAGGGGGCCGGUCACAGCAACAUGCCCAACCUGCUCAACACCAUGAUGGAGCUACGGAAGUGUUGCAAUCACCCCUACCUCAUCAACGGUGCAGAGGAGAAGAUCCUGACCGAGUUCCGGGACUCCUGCCACCACCACGUGCCCCAUGACUUCCCCUUGCAGGCCAUGGUGCGUUCCUCCGGGAAGCUGGUGCUGAUCGACAAGCUGCUUCCCAAAUUAAAAGCUGGCGGGCACAAGGUGUUGAUCUUCUCCCAGAUGGUCCGAUGCCUUGACAUCCUGGAGGACUACCUCAUCCAGAAGAGGUACCUGUACGAGCGCAUCGACGGGCGGGUACGAGGGAACUUGCGCCAGGCGGCCAUCGACCGCUUCAGCAAGCCUGACUCCGAUCGCUUCGUCUUCCUGCUCUGCACGCGGGCCGGAGGGCUGGGGAUCAACCUGACGGCGGCCGACACCUGCAUCAUUUUCGACUCUGAUUGGAACCCCCAGAAUGACCUGCAGGCGCAGGCUCGCUGCCACCGUAUCGGGCAGAGCAAGGCGGUGAAGGUCUACCGGCUCAUCACCCGUAACUCCUACGAGCGCGAGAUGUUUGACAAGGCCAGCCUCAAGCUGGGGUUGGACAAAGCCGUCCUGCAGUCCAUGAGCGGGAGAGAAGGCAGCAUCGCUGGGAUCCAGCAGUUCUCCAAGAAGGAGAUUGAGGACCUGCUGCGCAAGGGGGCCUACGCGGCCAUCAUGGAAGAGGACGACGAGGGCUCCAAGUUCUGCGAGGAAGACAUCGACCAGAUCCUGCUCCGCCGCACGACCACCAUCACCAUCGAGAGUGAAGGCAAAGGGUCCACGUUUGCCAAGGCCAGCUUUGUGGCGUCCGAGAACAGGACAGACAUUGCCUUGGAUGAUCCGAACUUCUGGCAGAAAUGGGCCAAGAAGGCCGAUCUGGAUCUCGAUAUGCUGAACAGCAAGAACAACCUGGUGAUCGACACUCCCCGGGUGCGGAAACAGACGCGCCACUUCAGCACCUUGAAGGACGACGACCUGGUGGAGUUCUCCGACCUGGAAAGCGACGACGACGACCGGCCGCGCUCCCGGCGCCACGACCGGCAUCACCACCCCCUCCACCAUUCGUACGGGCGCACGGACUGCUUCCAGGUGGAGAAGCAGCUGCUGGUCUAUGGCUGGGGACGCUGGCGGGAGAUCCUGUCACACGGGCGAUUCAAGCGGCGCAUGUCCGAGCGGGACGUGGAGACCAUCUGCCGGGCCAUCUUGGUGUACUGCUUGAUGCAUUACCGGGGCGACGAGAACAUCAAAGGAUUCAUCUGGGACCUCAUCAGCCCAGUCGAAAACGGCAAGGCCAAGGAGCUUCAGAAUCACUCCGAGAGCCAUGGCCCUGCUCUGAGCUCACUUCCUGUUCCUCGGACAGGCCUGUCCAUUCCGGUCCCGCGGGGCCGCAAGGGGAAGAAGGUGAAGUCUCAGACCACUUUCGACGUUCAGAAAGCCGAAUGGAUUCGCAAGUACAACCCGGACACCCUCUUCCAGGACGAGGGCUACAAGAAGCACCUCAAACACCAGUGCAACAAGGUGCUGCUACGGGUGCGCAUGCUUUAUUACCUGCGCCAGGAGGUGAUUGGGGACCAGGCUGAGAAGGCUUUGGCAGGCAGCGUCGCCAGUGAGAUUGACAUCUGGUUUCCACUGGUGGAUCAGGCAGAAGUCCCCACGGCUUGGUGGGAUGCGGAAGCUGACAAGUCUUUGCUGCUGGGGGUCUUCAAGCACGGCUAUGAGAAGUACAACACGAUGCGUGCGGACCCCGCGCUUUGCUUCUUGGAGAAGGCCGGUCGCCCCGACGAGAAAGCCAUCGCGGCCGAGCACCGCCUGGACGUCGGAGAGGGAGUGGAUUUUGACAAGGAUUGCGAGGACCCCGAAUACAAACCGGUGGGCGGCCCUGCCAAGGAACAAGAGGACGAGCCUGACCCUCUGAUGAUGAUGGAUGAGGAGAUCUCCGUGGUGGACGGUGAGGAAGGCCAGCCGGGGAAUCUCUUCUGGCCCCCGACCUCGGCGCUCACCGCCCGUCUGCGGAGGCUGAUCACUGCCUUCCAGCGGAGUUACAAGCGGGAGCAGCUCAAGAUGGAGGCCGCGGAGCGAGGAGACCGGCGGCGGCGGCGCUGCGAGGCCGCCUUCAAGCUGAAGGAGAUGGUGCGGCGGGAGAAGCAGCAGAGAUGGACCCGUCGGGAGCAGUCGGACUUCUACCGUGUGGUCUCCACAUUUGGAGUGGAGUACGACCCGGACACCAUGCGUUUCCACUGGAGCCGCUUCCGUGCCCUCGCCCGGCUGGACAAGAAGACGGACGAGAGCCUCACCAAGUAUUUCCACGGUUUUGUGGCCAUGUGCCGGCAAGUGUGCCGGCUGCCACCCGCCGUGGGCGACGAGUCUCCGGACCCGACGCUGUUCAUCGAGCCCAUCACGGAGGAGCGGGCCUCGCGCACCUUGUACCGCAUCGACCUCUUGCGGCGUCUGCGGGAACAGGUGCUGUGUCAUCCCCUGCUGGAGGAGCGGCUUGCCCUGUGCCAGUCCCCCGGUCCCGAGAUGCCCGUGUGGUGGCAGUGCGGGCGCCACGACGGAGAGCUGCUGCGGGGGGCGGCGCGCCACGGCCUCAGCCAGACCGACACCACCAUCAUGCAGGACCCGGACUUCUCCUUCCUGUCGGCUCGCCUCAGCCACCUGCACAGUCGGGCCGGGGGCACGGGGACGCCACCGCCGCCGCCCCCUCCGCCACCACCGCAACCACCUUCGCCGCUGGCUCUCCCCGCAGCUGUGGCUACGACCACUGCUUCCUCCGUACUCCUCCCCCCGCCCCUGCAUGAGCUGCCCACCCCCCAGCAGCCCCCGGCCCUUCCCUUCAAGCCUGACUCGGCCGACGACUCCGACUCGGAGCUCGACCUCAGCAAGAUCUCAGCUUCUUCGUCCUGCUCCUCCUCCUCGGGCUGCUCUGACGACAGUGAGGGUGAAGAAGCCUCUUGUGGCGGGAAACUGUUUGAGGAGGAAGAGUCACUCCUGUCCCUCCCCACUUCCCACGAAGGUAACUCCCCACAGCCCAGCGCUUCAGACCUGCUUUUGCAAGAACGCCAGCGUGCCCACGAGUGGCCGAAGGACCGGGUGCUCAUCAACCGCAUCGACAUGGUGUGUCAGGCUGUGCUCUCGGGGAAAUGGCCUUCGGCACAGAGCCAGGUGGGCGCCUGCGUGGGCCAGGGAGAGAGCCUCCCCCGCUUGCACGGGGAAUACACCAACUCUCCCAUCCCCCACAUCUGCCCCCUGGCGUCCCAGGAGGAAGGGGCCACGUCCUUCACCCGCCUCCGGCACGGCGGCCAAGAGAAGGAGUUUACCGUGCAGAUCAAAGAUGAAGAAGGAAUCAAACUCACCUUCCAGAAGCACAGACUGGUCCCCAACGGCACCAUGAGGGACCGUCCCGCUGUCACCCAGAAGAAGAGCAGUAAGAAGAUGGUCGAGCUGGAGCUGCAGUGUCUGGAGGCCCUCAGGGGCCCCGACAUUGACUUCGAGGCACGGAUCCCGGUGGUGAACAAGACAGACGGGACGCUGCUGGUGGGCGACGCCGCUCCUCGGCGGGCGGACCUGGAGGUGUGGCUGCAGACCCACCCAGAGUUCACCGUGGACCCUCGUUUCCUGGCCUACAUGGAGGAACGCCGGAAGCACCGGUGGCCCCGGUUUCCAAAGCCGGUUCCGAUAGAGCCGAGCUGCCUGGUGGGGCUGGAGCGAAUGCAGGCUGCCGGCCUCUCUGCCAACGGGAAGAAGGGUUUUAUGCCCGAUUCUACCAUGAACCGCCUCCUGCCCGGAGCAGUAGGAGCUGAGGGUGCCCAGAAGCGGGGCCGCCAAACUCCCUUGGAAUUUUCCAACAUGAUGGCUCUGAUGGGAGCCGGCCGGGUCCAGCUAGGAGCCACGGGGCCUCUCUCCUUGCACCACGCCCACUUCCAACCCGGGCCAGCCCACGGCUCUCCUAUCUCGUACAUGCCCUUCUCGACCGCGGCCGCCACCGCCUCCUCUUCCUCCGGUGCCCUGCUCCACCCGGCGCUGGGCCACGCUGGCUUCGCUGCAGGCCACUUGCACCUGGGCCACCCCCAGCCCGUGGACGAGGACGAGGAGGAAGACGAGAUGGACGACUUGUCUCAGGGCUACGCCAGCUCGGAGCGGGACUUCUCCUUGCUCGACGACGACCCGAUGAUGCCGGCCAACUCUGACUCCAGCGACGAGGAAGGGGAGGAGGAAGGGGACGACUGAACCGGGCCCGGAAACGGACGGGAGGACGCAA